AUGUUCUACAAACCUAAAGAGCUAGAAAGCAUUGUUAUCAACAAAUUUGGUCAUCCAACAUUAUCUUGGAUUAUGAGAGUUCAAAUUGCACUUGACAUUGCAAGAGGGUUGGAAUACACACAUGAACACACUAAGCCUCAUUAUGUUCACCGAGACAUCAAAUCAAGCAAUAUUUUACUCGAUGCCUUCAAAGUCAAGAUUUCAGAUUUUGGGUUGGCAAAACUUGUUGGAAUAACUAACGAUGGAGAGGCUUCUGCUAGAGUGGUUGGCACUUUUGGUUAUUUAGCUCAAGGAUACUUGAGGGAUGGAAGGGCUACAACAAAGAGUGAUGUAUAUGCAUUUGGUGUUGUUCUUUUUGAACUAAUAUCAUUAAAAGAAGCCAUUACACGAACUGUAGCGGUUACAAAAAAUUCAGAGAGACGUUCAUUAGCAUCCAUUGUAAGCCCACAAUUGGAUGAUUUCUCUCUUGCCAUUGCUCAAGGCAUUUCCCAUGAGCUUCGCAAUAUCUUGUGUUCAAUUGGUUUAAAAAUCACUAGUCACCUUGUAUUUAAUCCAUUGAAAGAGUUGAAAAAUGAAUCUGUCAAUUAUAUUCCUGAGCUUCAACAAGAACUUCUCAUUAUCUUCAUCAACCACCUUUACAAGUCUAUCAACCAAAUGUUGUCUCUGUUCAAAUCCAAGAUCAAUGACAUCAACUUCAUUGGAAGCUUCUCAAGUGAAGCCCAUUUAAGAGCCUCUUCAUCAUCUUCUUCACGAAAAGAUUUUGAAAACACAUCAUUCCUAGAAUUCCUCCAUACAGAAGUACUUCCAGAUCUUAAACUUGGUGUUCUUCAACUUGGUGCCCUUAAACUCCCUAACUGUAUGCUACUACAAGCUUUAUACUUCACAAUAUCUGGCGUUCAAUUUGUUUUUGUUUAA